AUGGCUUCACAAUUGCAGCAAUCAGCGGGCGCAGCGCCUCGGAAUGAACCUUGCGAAGAAAGUCCCUAUGGCAUCUUCGUCGAGGAAGACCUCAUCGAUGACUCGACCGGCAUCGUACCAACAAAGGGACUAGGCAUAACGCUUAGCCUGAAGGAUCGCUUCCUAAGGCGCUUGUCGAAGAUGCUAGGCACCGCAGCGAACAUACGAGAGGCGCCCAACGUCAACGCCAUGGAUAUAUUCCUGACGAAAGACAAACAGUCGCACCGGCCGAACAUUGCGCUCGAUGAAGGACUGCGGAAAUUUGUGCGCGAGCUCGAAGAUGGACUGGCCGCUGUUGCGAUGCAUCCUUCAGGUCCGCCACUCGAUCGCGCGUGCUCAGAACUAUGGGACAUUAUUCUUAUCUUCAACUACGAUAAAGUCGAACAAGUCAUACGAAGUAUACAAAAGAUUUUCGACGAGAACCAGACUACGUUUGAUGGGCUCGUUACGAGGAUGUUCGGCAUUGAUGACGCCGACAAUAGAGGCUCGAUGCUGGAUCGAGAUCUGGGCGAUAAUAUCAUUAGGCUAUCACAUGACGUCCAUGCGUUCGACGGCUCGAUGAAAGAGUUGAACAAGCUCGUUCACUUUGCAUCAACUAUGACGAGGGUACUUCUCAACCUACGGGAUCGAAUGAGGUAUAUCCUUGAGAAGAGUUACUUCGCCAACAAAUUAUUCGACCUCAUUUGCGCCCUCGGCUUCCCCGAACGUGUCUACAGCACCUUGAUUCGGGCUGCCAGGUCUUCGCAGACGUUUAGGAACGUCACAUUCCACCUGAGGCCCAGUUCACCGGUAAAGAAUGUUUCUUUUGCCACUCCGAUGGCGAGCGCGAUGUCCUCAAGCACCAUCAAGCCGUCCCCACUACCUCAGAAAGAGAAGUCGAAGCGGAUGAAGCAGUACGUAGCGACAGCGGUCGAAACGGCAAUUGCAAAUCCCACUCUUCCUCUUCCUCUUCCUGCUCCUCCUCCUCGGCCAGCUGUCGCCAGCCUCGGUCCGCUGAUGACCGCAGUGCAGCCUUACUUAAGCUCAGAAGAUCGAAACCUCGCUCUCCAUCGCCUGCAGCCCGCAACCAAGCAAGAAACGGCGCAACUAGUUGGGACUAUACUGAGAGAGAGGCUGCUUCCAACAGACACAGCCGCAUGGUACGCAUUCGGCUUCGUGACCACCAAGGACGAGGAGCAAGAGAGACAGCUAGCAGGACUUUACGUCGCACUACUCAAGGAAGCCAAAGAUCCAGAAGCCGCAUUCCGCGAACUUCAGAAUGCCUUGGAAUCGAAUUCCAUCGUCAAACUCUUCGACCAGUACGAAUACAGCCAUUUCCGCGACCUAUUUCCUUAUCUCAAGACCUUCCUCUCCACCCCACCCACCAAGCGGUCCACCGUCUGGCGUCUUCGGCAGUUCAUCCUGGAUCCGGUUGACGACGAGCCUCCUGCCUGUUUGCAGCGGGACUACGGAUUUAAGUUUUGCCGUCAGCGCGAAGAAGUCCUCCGCCUCAAGGAAAUACACAUCAACAUACUGAAGAAGCUGGGCCCGCAAAAGCUGGAUAUUGCGUGUGUGAACGGCCGCCUAUCUGAGACGGCGAUGAAAGAGGGAGCUCAUAUUGAUCCGAAGGAUAGGCGGUUUCUCAAGAACGACUACGGAUCCCCGUUCCUGGGAGUGGACUGUGAAGGCGGUCUUCAGAACUAUCGCGGCCCGUUCUACAGGAAGCCGUUGAAGCUUUAG